UCUUUUGGUAUGCAGUACACGAAACGAUACGACAUAAUACGACAGUAGCACGACUGGACACGACUACUCUAUUACAUGAUAAAUGUGCUCUAAAAAAAAUUUAUACCAUCAAAACAAUAUUUACCAUCAAAGAAAAUUUUAAAGAUAAUGGAUAAGGAAAUGUUAAUUGAAUUAGUUCGGAAAUGUCCGGAACUAUAUGAUGUGGCCAACAGUAACUACAGUGAUAAUAAACAUAAAGACAUAAUUUGGAAACAUAUUGCAAAAAAACUGGACUCUACUCCAAUGACAUGUAAAAAAAAUUGGGUAAAUCUACGCGAUUCAUUCCGACGAAAUAUACGAAACAAGAGACAUAAUAAAAACUCAAAUGGCAGUGAAAAAUUACGCGCAUGGAAAUAUGAAGAACAAAUGGAAUUUCUCAUACCACAUUUUCAAGAUACCAAAACUUCCUCUUUGCCUAAAAUUACCGAUAAUGUAUCCUCGGAUGAUGUUUACGAAUCUUAUGAAAAUGAUUUAGAAAAUGAGGCAUUGUUUACAAAUCCUUUAAAAAUUGAGGGAUCUGAUGACGAAAAUGAAGAUACCAAAAGGAGAAAAUAUGAAAUCAAUAUUGAAGAAAUGGGAAAUGUUUUAUGUAGUCAAGAUAUCGAGAAUUCAAUAAUAUAUAAACGAUCGAAACUGGAUCCAAUAAACAUUCAACAAGAUCCACUUGAUCUAUUUUUUAUAAGUAUUGCAGCGACAGUGAAAAAUUUUUCUUUAUAUCAUCAAAAUAUUGCAAAAUCAAAAAUUUUCCAAAUUGUAUCCGAAAUUGAAAUGCAACAAAUUUUAAACGGGAAUCAAACUCAGGAAACAGUCGCCACAAAUAAUACUACGCAUACUUUAUUAACGACAAAUGAAACGGCCGCUACAUCGAAUAUUCAAACGUUGUAAUUUAUUUUAUUGAUCUCGUUUAAAUUUUCAAAA